GCGCUCACUUCGCUGUCAGAACAUUUCUCACGUAACCUGUUACGUCUUGUCUUCAAGUCUGGCAAACGUUCCCGCGACUGAAAGGGGAGCUAGGGACCACCAACAUCCGCGCCAAAACAACUUGAAGCCUGAGGACGACAAAUUUCCCGCCGCCUCAAGUACAGCGCUCCCCUCUCCUUCCGAAUCUAUCAGACCCAGAACGCCCACGGCAAUGGCGCCCCUUUCGCCCACCUACGAUCGCCUUGAAGCCGGUCACCCGCCCUCGAAACAAAAUCCCAUGUUUCGUUUUGGUUGGAAGAAAUUCUCCAUGGGCGCCGCUGCGCUCUUAAUAUUCGUCUGGUUGUUCGUUCCUAGAGAGAAACUGCCGAACAGUUUACCGAAGUGGGGAACGAGUGGAAAGAGUACUUCGUCAUACGAAUGGCCGACAACAACAGCAGGAGGUCCCGAUUCUUCUGGCAAGAAACCUUGCUGACCUAGGUCAAGAUCAUCAAGACGAAGACCUAGACCGCCCCAAGUCUCACCCGCAUUCCUUCGAAUCUGAUCCCGACCCAACCACCACCACAUACUGCACUCGCUCAUCCUCCUCAAAGAAGCCGCUUGUCCAAUAUGGUCUGAUGUUGGAUGCUGGGUCUACUGGCUCACGCAUACACAUCUACAAGUUCAACAACUGUGGACCUAUCGCAGCCCUCGAAUACGAAGUCUUCAUGCAAACCAGUCCACCUGGGCGUGGUCUAUCGUCUUUUGCAGGCCGACCGGAAGAGGCGGCCCGGUCUUUAGACAUGUUGAUGAACGAAGCCGUUCGCGUUGUUCCUAUCAGCAUGCACAAGUGCACUCCUGUGGCAGUGCGAGCGACGGCAGGUCUUCGAUUGUUACCCGGGAAGCAGGCGGAAGACAUUCUACAAGCAAUCGAAAAGAGGUUUAAAACGGCCUAUCCGUUUUCGGUUCCCAAGAAGGACGCUGUUACAGUGAUGAGUGGCGAGGAUGAGGCUGUGUUCGCGUGGGUCACGACCAAUUAUCUGAUGGGCACUUUGUCUGGUCCCUCUGGCUCUUCUGCGGGAACAGCUGCUGUGUUGGAUUUGGGCGGCGCUUCUACGCAGAUUGUGUUCUCGCCCUCGUCUUCCGUUCCGCUGACCGAGGGAGAACACAAAUAUGAGCUAGAGUUCGGAGGAAGCAAGCGGACACUGUAUCAACACUCUUAUCUGGGCUAUGGACUGAUGCGAGCGCGGGCCAGCGUACAUCGGGUCGUGGACUUUAUGGCUGACUUUACCCCGGGCAAGAAGACCAGUGUCGCAUCUGAUCAAACACCCUUGGUUGCGAAUCCUUGUCUUGCCCAGGGUACCGAGCGCCGCAUCGAACUGGCGUCACGCAACGUGACGAUGACUGGGGGCAAGGUUGGGUCGUUCAGCGGCUGCUCUCGCAUCGUCGAACUCGUGCUCGAGAAGGAUGCGCCCUGCGGAGUCACACCCUGUUCCUUUGGCGGUGUUUAUCAGCCCACGUUGGGGGAGGCUUUCCCCGCCAGCCAGGGCAGGGUGUUUCUGCUCUCGUACUUCUACGACCGAUACGCUCCUUUGGCAGAUGCGCCCCUCGGCGAUGCAGAUGCUCCUCUCCAGACCACGGUCGGUGUCUUCGCAGAGCUGGCCAAGUCGGUAUGCAUGGGCCACGGCGAAUGGAUGCGCCGAUGGGGCACCAAGCCUGCGGUCAUCAAGGAACUAGAGAUGCGUCCUGAAUGGUGUCUCGAUCUCACUUGGAUGCACGCGCUAUUGCAUGUCGGGUACGAAUUUACCACCGACCGAGCAGUACUCUUAGACAAGAAGAUUGCUGGAACAGAACUGGGAUGGGCUCUCGGAGCGGGAUUCAAGCUUGUCGGUGCUGCCGAUCUCCAGUGUCGUGUUUAGACCACGUCCCUGAAUUUACACCGUUCUUUUAGUUGGUCGAGGCCAGUCGAGGCUGCUUACUUGUGCGCUUUCGCACGGUUCAUCGGCUUACGGGCAGAUCUGAUCAGUAAUUGAGGCAGGAGCCUACAACUCCGAGAUCAACCAGGGCAGAGCGAAGGGUAAUCAUUGAACAAUUUCCCGAGGGCUCAACCCUCGAUAAGGCGUAGAGACAAGAUCUACCUUCGCACAGCCUAUGGGAUUGCCAUGCUAGGUGACGCUCCAGUCGACGACCAUGAGAGCCAGUGCUCCGGAAUUUCUCGUCCCAGGCCAACAGCCAAAUGUGCCUGAGGCCCUACGGAUGUUCGGGCCGUCAGAUCCUUGGUCACCCACGCAAGAAUCGGUACUUAGACUUAACCGAGAGAUGAUCGAGAGGAUGGGAAAUCGCAAAAGCAAAUUGCUGGCUCUGCUCUUUUUCCACGAGCCUGUCAUCAGCUUUGCGUCAGCCGCGCGUCAGCUGCAUUGUGUCGAGAGCACGGCCCAUGUACUGCCACAGCACGUCUGUGCCGAUUGAACUGAAUCGAACAGCCAUCAUGAGUGCUGUGCUGUCAUCAACCCCUCGUCAGCUUUAUUCUUGUUUAGGAAACUACACUGCGAUUUAGGCCAAUCCCAAGAUCCGAGGAUCUGCAAACUCUUGGUCAACACCGACCACUCGCAGACGGUGCCACGAUUGGGCAAGUUCCGACCGCUGAUACUCCGUUUCUCCGUACCAACCUGGCUUGGGAUGCGUCAGUCUUGUUUACUGGACACCGACUUCUCUGACAUCAAGUCUUCUGUGUGUACCCUGGAAUCUGAAAUCUGGGUUCCGUUUGUUCGAUAACCCGGAAAGAUGGUAUCAAAACAUGUAUGAAUUCCCGAUAUUCACCUCAGGUUCUAUUUUUAUCCGGGUCGAAAGGCUUGCGAGAGGCUGAAGAAUGAGGAAACUGCACUCUCUGGGUCUCUGAAGAGCUGGCAGGAUUCCUCUCGAUGACUCUGGGCUUGGAUAUUGUCGGUGAUGCGCCAUCACACCGCGCGGACCAUCUAUGACGCUUUACCGGCUACCCUUCGGCCCCCCGUCAAUCUGUAACUCUCCCCACGGCACUUACCCCGAUACCCCGGAGCCUGAACCCUAUUUAAGGGACGAUGCUCCACGUCUUUUCCCAGAGUUUCCCUCGACUUCCCGCUCAACUUCCAUCCAACUCGCUUCCAACACCUACUGAAUAUGGCUGGUGGUCCUUCUGGAGGAGAUGGUGCCGGUGUCGCGAAUGCGUCGCUCGGGUGGGCGAUCAUCAUGAGUGCCUUCGCCGCCUUUGGCGGUAUUCUCUUUGGAUAUGACACGGGGACGAUCAACGGAGUCAUUGCCAUGCAAGAUUGGCUCAAUGUCUUUGGUGACUAUGACCCGACGGGUGUUUUGGGCACCUCUACGCACGGCCGGUUCAUCACUACGUCCAACAAGAGUUUGGUGGUGUCCAUCCUUUCCGCGGGAACGUUUUUUGGUGCCCUUUUGGCCUUCCCUAUGGGCGACAAAAUCGGACGUAAAUGGGGCAUCGUAUACAGCUGCAUCAUCUUUUCUCUUGGAGUCGGUCUGCAACUCGAUACCCACUGGGCUACUUUCGUUGUUGGUCGGGUUAUCGCCGGUGUCGGUGUCGGACUGGUAUCGUGUCUAGUGCCGAUGUACCAGAGUGAAUGCUCGCCCAAGAGCAUUCGUGGGCUCAUUGUUGGCGGCUACCAGCUUGCGAUUACCAUCGGUGCGCUGUUCGCUGCGAUUGUUCUGAAUUCGACCAAGAAUCGCCCGAAUCAUUCGUCUUGGAGGACCCCUAUCGCAGUCCAAUUCGCGUGGGCUUUCAUUCUCGGUGGCGGCAUGGCUCUUUUGCCCGAAUCUCCUAGGUUCCUUGUGCACAAGGGUCGUCUCGACGAGGCCCGCCGUGCCAUGUCCCGGCUGACGAACACACCCGCCGACUCGACCGAGGUCGACCACGAGAUCAACGAGAUCAACGCUGCCCUGCACGAGGAGAAGUCUGCUGGCAGCGGGUCUUACCUCGACUGCUUCCGCAGCAACUCGCUCAAGUACAGCCUGCGCACCUGGACCGGCAUCCUUCUCCAAGGAUGGCAGCAACUGACCGGCAUCAACUUCAUCUUCUACUACGGCACGACAUUCUUCCAGAGCGCGGGGAUCAGCAAUGCCUUCAUCAUCACCAUCAUCACUGAUGUUGUGAACACUGCAAUGACGAUCGUCGGCAUCCAGUUGAUCGAUCGUGCUGGGCGACGCCGCCUUCUGCUCUGGGGUGCUGUGGGUAUGAGUUUUUGUGAGUUCAUCGUUGCGAUCGUCGGCGUUACUGCUGGCAAAACCACUGAUACAGGAGGAGCCGUCAACCUCGCAGCGCAGCGCGUCAUGAUCGCUUUCGUCUGCAUCUACAUUGCGUUCUAUGCCAUCUCCUGGGGACCUGUUGUGUGGGUCAUCACUGGUGAAAUCUCGCCCUUGAACAUCCGUGCCAAGGCCAUGUCUCUCUCUGUUGCCUCCAACUGGUUGUGGAACUUCGGCAUUGGAUACGCCACCCCGUAUCUCGUCGACACCUCCACCAAAGGCCAGCCCAACGGGGUGGCGACUGCCGCAUUGCACGUCAAGGUGUUCUUCAUCUGGGGUGCCACCUGUGCCUGCUGUGCAGUCUACACCUAUUUCUUCGUCCCCGAAACAAAGGGUCUUUCGCUGGAGCAGAUCGACAUGUUGUACGAGAACUCAAAUGCCCUGCAAUCGACCAAAUACAAUCGCGAGUUGCAAGCGGGAGAGCACAAUGAAAAGCACGAAACUUCGUCUCAUGAAGCGGCCAUGAAAAUCUAAGGAUGGAAUAACGUAUCUCUCUGCGAUGUAAUUUUUACGCUUGUCAUACUGUACCAUAGUCUAUCCUCAAUAAUGGCUUUGAAACUGUUU